AUGGAAAUUUUAUUAUUUUUAAACCAACCGUGCGUUUUAACUGUUAACUUAAAGGAGAAGAGGAACAGAUGCAUUUCAAGUUUCAGUAAUCGUCUUCUACAUCGUGUUAGGGUUUGCAGAAUUGCCAUUUCCCUUUGUUUCUUCGCUUAAUCCAACUUUCUGCUAUAGAAGGAGCUCCAAAUCAGGUGUUUUCAGAACUAGCUUUGUUCGAAUGCAUCCAACGAUACAGCACCGUGUGACGGUUCCUCAAAUCCUUCGUUGCGAUUAUGACCCAGAGAUUAUGGACGGUGUCGUGCGUCCAAUGCACGAUUCUUUGUUCCUUCCCUCCGAUCACGUACUUUGGCUCUGACCUCCAACCCUAAUUUUACUCUUCAACGUCUCAGUUCCUGGUUUCUCUUUAUUACAACUGGUUUUUAAUGGAUGGGGAUCGUGACGAGUUGGGUACCGUGCACGAAGAGAAUGUUGAGAUUGGAUCUCAGACAUCGAACGAAUUGGAUUUGAAUGUGGAGCAGAACUGUUGCAGCCCAAACAUUUCUCAUGCUGAUGACUCUCAUUCUGCUCCUCCUUCUGUAAAUGUACUCAACACCAAUAGGGUGUUGGGAAUUGGUACAGAAUUUGAGUCUGAUGAUCACGCAUACAGAUUCUAUAACAACUAUGCUAAAUUGGUGGGUUUCAAUGUUAGAAAAGAUUGGAUAAACAGGAGCAAGGUACAUGGUCAAGUGGUGUCUAGGAAGUUUACCUGCUCCAAAGAGGGGUACCGUAGGAAAGACAAAAGAGAUGUUAAUGUGAAGAAACAUAGGAAGGAAACAAGAACUGGCUGCUUGGCACAUAUGAUCAUCACUCGGCAACCAGAUGGUAAAUACCAGGUCACCCAUUUCGAAGCACAACAUAAUCAUGACAAUAUAAACCAUAACAAUGCUAACAUGAUAAACUUGCAAAAUGAAUUUAGUGUUGCUCAAGCUGUAGAAGCUGACUCAAACAAUAAUUUGGGACCUAAAUCAAAGUCAGCAUUAGAUAUGUUGAAUAAAAAAAUAAGUGCCCGUGAAUCUCUCGAUCAACUUUCAAUGAAUUAUGACAAUUACUUUCAUUCUGAAAGGGAAAGAGAUAUGAGUGAAGGAGAAGCAGGGCGUCUGCUGGGCUAUUUCCAAAGGCAACACUUUGAGAAUCCAGCAUUUUUUUAUGCCAUACAGCUCGAUGUUGAUGACAAGGUUAGCAAUCUUUUCUGGGCUGAUGACAAUAUGGUGUUGGAUUAUGACCAUUUUGGUGAUGUCAUUUGUUUGGAUACGGCUUGCAGAACAAACAGAGAUCUUCGACCAUUUGUACAGUUUUUAGGUGUUAAUCAUCACAAACAAGUGUUAAUAUUUGCUGCUGCUUUUCUGUAUGAUGAUUCCAUUGAAUCAUAUAAAUGGCUAUUUCUAACUUUCAUUAACGCAAUGUCCGGAAAAAAGCCAAAGGCCAUUCUUACUGAACAGGAGGCUGUAAUUAUUGAAGCAGUUAAUACAGUUUUACCUGACAUAAACCACUGUACAUGUGUAUGGCAGUUGUAUGAGAAGACUUUGAAACACCUCAGCCAUGUUGUUAAGGAUGCUGAAUCUUUUGGAAAUGACCUACGGAGCAGUAUUUAUGACCCUAAGGACGAAGAAGAAUUUACUAAUGCUUGGAAGGCUAUGCUAGAGAAGUAUAGUCUCCAGCAAAAUGAGUGGCUGAGAUGGAUGUAUAGAGAAAGAGAGAAAUGGGCCGUUAUCUUUGGUCGAAAUUCAUUUUUUGUAGACAUCAAAGGCUUUCAUUUAGGUGAGAUUUUGUCUGAUAAGUUUAGAAGUUAUCUAAAUUCUGACCUUGAUGUAGUUCAUUUUUUUAAGCAUUUUGAAAGGGUAGUAGAUGAGCAACGUUAUAAAGAAAUAAAAGCUAGUGAUGAAAUGAGCAGGCGUUUGCCAAGGCUAAUGGGUAAUGUCAUUUUGUUGAAGCAUGCAAGUAAUAUUUAUACUCCAAGAGCUUUUGAAGUAUUUCAGCGAGGAUAUGAGAAGUCUUUAAAUGUUCUUGUUUACCAACACUGCAGAAAUGGAUCAUUGUUUGAGUACAAAACAAAUACAUUUGGGCGUACAAGACAAUACUGUGUCACCUUCAAUUCUUCAGAUGAUACAGUUGUCUGCAGUUGUUUGAAGUUUGAGCAUGUUGGAUUUUUGUGUAGCCAUGCACUAAAAGUUCUUGACCAUAAAAACAUAAAAGUAGUUCCAUCUCAGUAUAUCUUGAAGAGAUGGACAAAAGAUGCAAGAUUGGGAAAUCAGAGGGAGAUUGGGCAAUGUAAAAUACAAGAUAAUCCUAGCCCUAAGAUGAUUGUUGCAAGCUGUUACAAAGAUUUGUGCCACAGACUGCUCAAGUUAUCAGCACGAGCCUCUGAAUCUAUUGAGGCUUAUCAAUUUGCCUCUAGGCGACUUGAUGAAGUGAUGGAAGGAGUGGAGAAAAUCUUGACAGUAAAAGUUGAACAAGGUCAAGUUAUCACAUCAAGUAGUGUUGAUGCAAAUGCUUCAGAAAGUGAGCCUGCUGAGAUCUUUCUGAAUGGACAUGCAAUUGAGGAUCGGGAUGAAAGUAACAAAGUAAAUGGAGAAAAAGACAGGAGAGCUACGUCAAACAGGGGCCAUCUAACAACCACGACUUGUAAUGGAACUGAUUCUGAUAGGAUUUUGAAUGUAGAAACGUCUUCCCCAAAUACUGUUGUCUGCAUUUCAAGCCCCUCAUCUGCAUAUGUUUCAUCUCAGUCUGCCACCCCAAAUCCUAUUCUGCAGGGUUUGUACAGUUUUGAGGCCAAUCAAGUUGUUCACUGCUUGUAUGAACAACCUAGUUUCGUGCUGGACCAUCAAUCUAAUACUAACAUGUUCCAACCAUCUAACUUCCUUUCUAACCAACAGGAAUCUCAAGACCAAUCUCAACUACUGCAGGAACCUAUAAUCCAGAACACAUACCACGAGUCCAUGCCAAGCAGUAAUCAGGGGAUGGAUCUUGACAUCCAAAAUCCACAUCCGUCUUCAUUCUUGCUGUAUGACCAUAGAUACAGAAGUUCUGACUCCACAUAAAUUACAAGGGAAGAAGAUGGUUGAAUCAUUUUGCCUCUAGUACUCUUUUGGUAGUGCCAGUGUUUUGCUGUACAGUGGGGAUUGAUCUAGUCAAAGGCAUCGAGAACAGACUCAUCCUUUUUCUUUGUAUAUAACCAAAACAUUCAUCAUAUGAUAUUGUGUAGCUCAUAUGAACAUUACAACUGAAUGCGAUGGCUGCACAACUUUUGGAAUGAAAGCCAACUUAAAUCUACUAGUACAUUCUUUUAUAUAUAUAGAUAGAUAACAUUAUUUUUUAU